AUGUGGCGAGUGGACCUCCUCUUCCUCAGUGCCAGCCUGCACCAGGCCACAGGCGGACGACCUCACGGUCCUGUUUGUUCUUCCCUUCCAGAGAAAACUAGGAAGAUCCUGACGGAGUUCCUUCGUUUUUACGAGGACCAGUAUGGUGUCGCCCUUUUCAACAGCAUGCGCCACGAAAUCGAGGGCACCGGGGUGCCGCAGGCCCAGCUGCUCUGGCGCAAGGUGCCGCUGGAUGAGCGCAUCAUCUUCUCGGGGAACCUCUUCCAGCACCAGGAGGACAACAAGAAGUGGAGGAACCGCUUCAGCCUCGUGCCCCACAACUAUGGGCUGGUUCUCUACGAGAACAAAGUGGCGUAUGAGCGGCAGGUCCCACCCCGAGCUGUCAUCAACAGCGCAGGCUACAAAAUCCUCACAUCCGUGGACCAGUACCUGGAGCUCGUUGGCAACUCCUUACCAGGGACCACCUCGAAAUCGGGCUCCGCCCCCAUCCUCAAGUGCCCCACGCAGUUCCCACUCAUCCUCUGGCAUCCUUCUGCACGACACUACUACUUCUGCAUGAUGACAGAAGCCGAGCAGGACAAGUGGCAGGCUGUCCUGCAGGACUGCAUCCGGCACUGCAACAACGGGAUCCCCGAGGACUCCAAGGUGGAGGGCCCUGCGUUCACGGACGCCAUUCGCAUGUACCGCCAGUCGAAGGAGCUGUAUGGCACCUGGGAGAUGCUGUGUGGCAACGAGGUGCAGAUCCUGAGCAACCUGGUGAUGGAGGAGCUGGGCCCUGAGCUGAAGGCGGAACUUGGCCCCCGGCUGAAGGGGAAACCACAGGAGCGGCAGCGGCAGUGGAUCCAGAUCUCGGAUGCUGUGUACCGCAUGGUGUACGAGCAGGCCGCAGCGCAGUUUGAGGCGGUGCUGUCCAAGCUGCAGCUGGCCCGGCCGGCCAUGGAGGCGGUCAUCCGCACCGACAUGGACCAGAUCAUCACCUCCAAGGAGCAUCUGGCCAGCAAGAUCCGAGCCUUCAUUCUCCCCAAGGCGGAGGUGUGUGUCCGGAACCACGUUCAGCCCUACAUCCCGUCCAUCCUGGAGGCCCUCAUGGUGCCCACCAGCCAGGGCUUCACGGAGGUGCGGGACGUCUUCUUCAAGGAGGUCACCGACAUAAACCUGAACAUCAUCAAUGAGGGCGGCAUCGACAAGCUGGGCGAGUACAUGGAGAAGCUGUCCCAGCUGGCGUACCACCCCCUCAAGAUGCAGAGCUGCUACGAGAAGAUGGAGCCGCUGCGGCUUGAUGGUCUGCAGCAGCGUUUCGACGUGUCCAGCACGUCCGUGUUCAAGCAGCGAGCCCAGAUCCAUAUGCGUGAGCAAAUGGACAAUGCCGUGUACACCUUCGAGACCCUCCUGCACCAGGAGCUGGGGAAGGGGCCCACCAAGGAGGAGCUGUGCAAGUCCAUCCAGAGGAUCCUGGAGCGGGUGCUGAAGAAAUAUGACUAUGACAGCAGCUCUGUGCGGAAGCGCUUCUUCCGAGAGGCAUUGCUGCAGAUCACGAUCCCAUUCUUGCUCAAGAAGCUGGCCCCCACCUGCAAGUCGGAGCUGCCCCGGUUCCAGGAGCUGAUCUUCGAGGACUUCGCCAGGUUCAUCCUGGUGGAGAACACGUACGAGGAGGUGGUGCUGCAGACGGUCAUGAAGGACAUCCUGCAGGCCGUGAAGGAGGCCGCUGUGCAGAGGAAGCACAACCUGUACCGGGACAGCAUGGUCAUGCACAACAGCGACCCCAACCUGCACCUGCUGGCCGAAGGCACGCCCAUUGACUGGGGUGAGGAGUAUGGCGAUGGUGGUGGCAGUGGCGGCAGCAGUGGGAACAGCGGUGAUCCCAGCCCCAGUGUCCCAGAAGCAGCCACCACCUCAGAGAAACAACGGCGUGCCAAGCAGGUGGUGUCCAUGGUCCAUGACGAGGCAGGGCUGCCCUUUGAGGCUGGCCCUGAGCUACUAUCACCUGCAUCCCUGGACAGUGUCACCGAGCUCCGUGGCCUGCUGGCCCAGGAUCUGCGGGCUGAGAGCCCCCCGCCGGCCGGACCCCUGCUCAACGGGGCCCCUCUGCGGGAGAGCUCCCAGCCUGUGGCCACCCCCGAGGCCUCACCACCUGCCUCGCCCCUCCGGCAGCUCCCGCCUGGAAAGGCUGUGGACCUUGAACCUCCCAAGCCCAGUGACCAGGAGACCGGGGAGCAGGUGUCUAGCCCUGGUGGCCGCCCUGCCAUCCACACUACCACCGAGGACAGUGCGGGGGUGCAGACUGAAUUCUAGGCUGGUCGCCCCCGAGCUUCUGUUGGACAAGGCACAUGGGCCCCUCCCUCCAAGGCACUGGCAGGCUUGGCUCCAGGCGGGAGUGCCAGAUCUGUGUCUCCGGGUGGAGGUGGGGCAGGGCUAGUAUGCGUCUGGGGCUGGGCAGGGACGGCCCACCUGAGUCACUUUAUUGGGUUCGGUCAUACUUUGUUGCUCCGUUUUCUUUUCUGUGGGCUGAUCUCAGCUUUCCUCCUUGUGCUGGGGGCUGAGCAGAGAUGAGGGGGCUGGGAAGCUCUCAGUGGCCCCGAUUCUCUGGGUCCUCCCUUCCUGCCCUUCCUCCGUGGCCUGCCUCCCUCGUGGGUCUUGCCAUCCUUGCAGAGGGAGGUAAAGGCUUUGUCUGCUGUGACUCAGCCCUUGAAUUCUCUGCCCUCGCCAAGGGCUCAUUGGAACUGGGAACAUGUAGCGCUGAGGCCCAUCUUGGUCGCACUCCCCUCCUGCUCUCCCUGGCUGGGCCCACUGGCCAGUGUCAGAGUGGACACUGGCCUCACCUUUCCGAUCCCGGGUGAGGGGAGGUUCAAGGAGGGGGUCUUCGGGCUAGAGUCAGGCUGGGGGAUGCUGGGGGAGGGGGUGCCUCAUGAAGCAGGGUGGGGCCACAGGCCUGGGGAUGGAGUAAGAACGGCCUGGAACGUGCUGGUCUGGGGAGAGGAAGUGUCAGAGGGCGGGCAGGAGCGAGCCCUGCCCAGGUGUUACUGGGGGCGGAGGUGUUACCGGGAGGAUGUGCCAGCAGGGGGCGAGCGGGCAGAGGGAGCGGAGCUGGACGCCGAGCGGGCAUUCGGGCCUCUCUCCCUCCCAGCCCCAGCUGCCGCUGCCCGCUUGCUCGCUGGGAUCUAGUCCUCGGGAGUCCCUCCGUUGCCCCUGCCCCUUCUGUACCCACAGACUGUGCGGUGACUUGUUGCUCAGAGGCAGGGUUUAGUGGGUGCGGGUUCUGUCUUCUAUGGGCCAUCUCCACGGUACGCGCUGUCCACCAAGGGAGUUGGUGGGGCUCCUGAGGGGCCGCAGGUCCCCAAAGCACUGCUGGCAGCUUCUCGGAGGCUCUUAGGCUGUGGCUUGGCUCCUGCUGAGUUACCAAGUCACCUCAUCCUGAAAAUUCCAGGCCCCUUUUCAAAGCAUGAGUCACCUAGGGCCCGGCCAACCUUCCUCAGCUUUUUAGUCCUAGGGGUGAGGGUCAAGCUGGGGCGACCCCAGCCCAGCACCUCCACACCCCUCCCCUUCUGCUUCAAGGGGAGGGCGGGCAGGGCAGAAACUGACUCCUUUGGAGUCCUCAGCGUGGGGCCCCCACCCCGCCCUGCAUCCUCCGUCCCCUCGUACUUCCUGGGGCCCUGCCCUUGGACCCCAGGACGUGUGGCAGUGACUGGUGCUCAGGGCCCUCAGUCCCCACCAGCCCUAACCUCAAACGCCUCACUAACCUCUUCUACCAACAUUCCGUCUUAAGACGCUGUCCUGUAGUGCCUUCUUUUGGGGUUUUCCAAUCAUCCUUCCCAGAUAUUGUAUUAAAAAUAUUAUGCAAACUGUUUAAGCUUUUACUAAUCAAUAAAUGCUUUAUUUAAAGCCA